UGUGAGCGUUCAGAAGAAAAGGAGGAAGCGGAGGGAGAGCAGCGCGGCGGCAGCUCGUCUGAAAAGCCAAACAAACUACCGAAAGACAACCACCAGCUGAUCGCUUCUCCACAGUUUCUACCCCCUCUACUCGGAGCAGCGCCCGGAGAAAAGACUUCUGCAACCCCGGAGGCGCGAACUAACUUAGCGUCGGUUCGUUAAAGUCAGAAAUAAGAGACAGCUUCUCAGACCGGGAGAAUGGCAGACUCGGCGGCGGCCAGCAGCGACGGGGAGGACGGAGGUCGCGAGGAGCCCAUGCGGGGCUUCGCGCGCCAGGGAGCCCUCCGCCAAAAGAACGUGCACGAGGUGAAGGACCACAAAUUCAUCGCGCGCUUCUUCAAGCAGCCCACCUUCUGCAGCCACUGCACCGACUUCAUCUGGGGUUUUGGCAAGCAGGGAUUCCAGUGUCAAGUGUGUUGUUUCGUGGUUCACAAGCGCUGCCAUGAGUUCGUCACUUUCCAGUGUCCAGGUGCCGAUAAAGGCCCUGCAUCAGACGACCCAAGGGCAAAGCAUAAGUUUAAGAUCCAUACCUACUCCAGCCCGACCUUCUGUGAUCACUGUGGCUCUCUGCUGUACGGCCUGCUGCACCAGGGCAUGAGAUGUGACCACUGUAUGAUGAACAUCCAUAAGCGCUGUGUGGCCAAUGUGCCGAGCCUGUGUGGGACAGACCACACCGAGAGGAGAGGUCGCCUCCAGAUCACCGCGGAGGUCAAGACCAACGUACUCACUGUCACCAUCAAAGAGGGCAGGAAUCUGGUUCCUAUGGACCCCAACGGGCUGUCAGACCCCUACGUGAAGCUUAAACUGAUCCCAGACCCCCGCAGCGAGAGUAAACAGAAGACCAAGACCAUAAAGUGCUGCCUGAACCCCACCUGGAAUGAGACCUUUAAAUUCCACCUAAAGGAGUACGAUAAGGACCGCCGUCUGUCGGUGGAGAUCUGGGACUGGGACCUGACCAGCCGCAACGACUUUAUGGGAUCGCUGUCAUUCGGCAUCUCGGAGCUCCAGAAACAAGGAGUGGAUGGAUGGUUUAAGCUGCUCUCCCAGGAAGAAGGCGAGUACUUCAAUGUUCCCGUCGCUCCAGAAGGGGAGGAGGGCAACGAGGAGCUACGGCAGAAAUUUGAGAGAGCUAAGAUUGGACCAGGCAAGAACGCAGAAGGCAAGGCGGCUAUCGCUGCUGCUCGCUUCGACUCCAACGGCAACCAAGACCGCAUGAAGCUGGCCGACUUCAACUUCCUGAUCGUGCUGGGCAAGGGCAGCUUCGGCAAGGUGAUGCUGGCGGAGCGUAAAACGACGGAGGAGCUGUACGCCAUAAAGAUCCUGAAGAAGGACGUGGUGAUCCAGGACGAUGACGUUGAAUGCACCAUGGUGGAGAAGAGAGUGUUAGCGCUGGCUGGAAAACCUCCGUUCCUCACACAGCUGCACUCCACCUUCCAGAGCAUGGACCGUCUGUAUUUUGUCAUGGAAUACAUAAACGGAGGAGAUCUCAUGUAUCAGAUCCAGCAGGUCGGCAAGUUCAAAGAGCCCCACGCUGUAUUCUACGCUGCCGAGAUAGCCAUUGGUCUGUUUUUCCUGCAUCUAAAGGGCAUCAUCUACAGAGACUUGAAGCUGGACAAUGUGAUGCUGGACUGCGAAGGUCACAUUAAGAUAGCAGAUUUUGGCAUGUGUAAAGAAAAUAUGAAUGACGGCGUCACUACCAAGACCUUCUGUGGAACACCGGACUACAUAGCUCCUGAGAUCAUAGCCUAUCAACCUUAUGGAAAGUCUGUGGACUGGUGGGCCUUUGGAGUGUUGCUCUAUGAGAUGCUAGCUGGACAGCCUCCAUUUGACGGUGAAGAUGAGGAUGAGUUAUUUCAGUCCAUUAUGGAGCAUCACGUCUCCUAUCCCAAGUCAAUGUCCAAGGAGGCUGUCGCUAUCUGUAAAGGGCUGAUGACGAAGCACCCAGCGAAGCGGCUGGGCUGUGCACCCGAGGGCGAGAGGGACAUCCGGGAGCACAGCUUCUUCCGCUACAUGGACUGGGAGAAACUGGAGAACAAGGAAGUUCAGCCGCCGUUCAAACCUAAAGCUUGUGGCCGGGAUGCCGAGAACUUUGAUCGGUUUUUCACGCGCCACCCGCCGGUGCUGACCCCUCCCGAUGAGGAAGUGAUUGAGAACCUGGACCAGGACGAGUUCCAGGGAUUCUCCUUUAUCAACCCCGAGUUCCCCGGAGCUGACGUUGCCUCACCUGCCGCCGAGCAGGCUUGACUUCAGCUCAUGCACACAUGGACACAUGCACACACACACACCAAUAGAUACACAAUCAUUUCCCCCAGUAUCCAACCUGUUUACCCUGGAAAACACACACACACACACACGAAUAUUUAUCAACUUAAAAAUCCUGGAAAUGAUGUGUGCUGUGACAGGAAGCAAGAAGCCAUGACUUAAACAUACACAAAAUACACAAAGAUAUGUAUACUUCACACUGCUGCAACCUGGACGAUGUGUUGGCCUCUUCUGGAAAUGGCCUAGAUGCAUUAUCACUCUAGUGCAGUGUCACAACUAUCAUUAAAACUGAGAAAUGUAGAUGCUUCGAAGUGGUCAAAAUGUAAUUCUUUGGCUAAAUAUGAGCCGUUGACUUUCUCAAAGCUUAGUUUGAUGUUUCACUCAGCUAAAGCUUGGUGAUCAACUUGUAGCUCACAGUGUGAACAAAGGACAAUCAUUUACCAGGAUCAGACUAAGGAUUAGAAAAUGAAUGGUGCCCCUAAACAUUUCCUAAAAUUCAACAUUUUACGUUGAUAAUUCAAAAGUAGUCUUCAAAUUUGUUUCUGCAUUGUUAAAACUGCAGAUAAUUGAAACCUUAUACAGAUCAUUCAUGACACUCACAGCACACACACACAUACACAAUUCACAUGUAACAUAGCUUCAGCAUUUCAUUUUAUUACUUUUAGUUUUGUGGAAAUUGUGAUUUAACUUUUCUUUUACUCAUUCCAGUUCAAUCAGAGUUGGGCCUGUACUUCUGAUGUGCUUAUUAUUCAAUGUGUAAUAAUAACAGCGUAUGUACAUUUAUCUUUAUCUUAGCUAAAACUGGAAUGCUUCACAUACUUGUGCAUGAGUUUCUAUAUCAAUAACAGCCCCUGGACUUUGUCUCCCAGCAGCAUUUGAACAUCUUAUCUCUGCACCACUCUGCUGCCAUGUGUGGCUGGUUUUCAUGGUUUUUAAAAUGCAUAUUCAAGAAAGAUAUUUGGUGUAUGGUUUUACCCAAAGUGGAAGAUUUGUGCCAAAAAAGACCACAUAUAUCGGAUGUUCUAUGUGUCCUCUUUGUUGUUGCAGCACUGGGAUCAUGUUGGUAAAAUGCUGUUGGGAAAUGUAGUCCUAUAGGCUUUGAGUCCGUCGAAUAGAUAGAUAAUACUACUUUGUAUACUCUCCUUUUCUGUUAACUAGUAUAUAAGCAACGAAAGAGACUAGCAGAUAGAUUCUUUGUGUUUGUUCAAAAGCAUGAUUCAGAUACCCGGGCGUUUGUUUACAGCAGUGUGCACAUGAAUGUUUCAUAUGUGUGUGUGAAUGAGAACUGUGUAUGGAAACGCACGGUAAAGCAUUUUUGUACGUGUGUCAAUGCAUGCCAUGCCUGGCCUUGCGUUAACAUUUGUAUUUAUGGUGAAUAUCCACUUGACUUCCAACCAGUGGCUCCACAAGUGGCAGAAGAGAACAAGCACUUUUUGAACAUUAAAGCAUGUAAACCUGUCUCAGUAGAGGCACAACAUACAAUUAUGGACGUGAAAAGGAGAAUGAUAUGUCCUCUUUAAAGCAAGCUGUGUACAAAUUAGUAUGCAUGUGUUUGAACACAGUUACGUCCAGUACUGCAAAUUACACUUUCAUAAUUCCUGGAAAGCAGCACUUCAGUACUAGAGAUGUUUUCGAUGGCCUGGAAAUCAAAUUAAACCCAGAUUCUGCUUUUCAAAUGCAGGUUAAGUACCUGCAAUCUCAAAACAGUAGGCCUGGAAAGGGUGUCUGCGUCAAAAAUAAGGCCACUAGCUAGAUUUCAAACAGCGGACCAACAACCAUGCAGCUUGACCUCUGAUCUAGUUUUUUGGUGGAAUAAGGCCUCACUGUGAUUGGUGUUUUUCCAAGUAGCCCUCUGCAUGCACAAUUUCCAUCCUAACUACAGCAGCAGCCAACGAGGACACAGGUUAAAGCUAGGCCUUCUGUGUGUGUGUGUGCGUGUGUGUGCGUGUGUUUUGUCUCUUGUUUUCCCUAGCUAGCAAUAAUCGUGUUGACAGGAAAGCAGAAUCAGUAAUGAAGCAACCUCAGAGAAGGCUCAGGUUAGGACUUUAAUUAAUUCACAUGCAAAAGGCUGUGAGGUUAUGAGGCUUAUUGGUGGGUUUAUGUAUGCGGCCAGAGAGAAAGGCAGCCGAGACACUUCAGUGCAGCUAACAUAGUGUGGAAGUGGCUGAAGUGCUUCCUCACAUCACACUCCUCAGGACAUCAGGUGAGUUUUUUCUGCAGGUUUACUGUUGGUUGUUAUCAGUACUACUGGCAUGACAUUUGACAGUAUCUACGAUUACGCUGCAGUAUCAUGCAGUUUAUUCACUUGAAAAAAACAGUUAUCUGUCAUGCUAGCAGGAGUGGGAGUCUCUUAGGUUUCCACAUGUAGAAAAUAUCAUGCAACAUUGUUAAUAAAAGACAAUAUGUGGGCCAGAUGAUAAAGGGUUAGCAGAAAGCUGAGCGAGCUAAGGCCUGGUUCCAGAUGGGAAUGGCACUGCUUUUUGAUGGCAUUCAGAGCUUUUUCUGUGGAAUGAUUUGUACGUGAUUGGGUUAAUUGGUGCUGGGAAGUCACUGAUUUAGGUACUAACAUCUGGAUAAAGUUGGUCGUGUCUGUUAUCUUAGUCUUAAACUUUAACUGCUGAUGAGUUCAGCACAGAAGAGCAGCUUUAGCAUUUUCAAAGAGUCUGAAAGUGAAUGUGUUUUUAUGACUUCCAUUAUCUACGUUUUACCUUCAUUGGUAUUUAUUACAGUCAGUGUCUCCUGUAUUAUGACAACAACAAAUACCUAUAUAUAUAUACUUAUACAUAAGCAUAUAAAACUGUGUCAAAUGUUGAUAUCUACACCAUGUGGUCAGUAUUGUAAAAGAACGAGAGGAGACGUUUUCUCUGUUUGCAUCUACGACUCUUUACUGGGAAGUAAAAUGGACUCUGCAUGGAAAUUGCUUUUCUUUGUUUAUUAGUUAGGAUUUAUAUACAUUUAGCAUAUUAGGGUGAUUCAUGUUUUCUGUGUGCGCAUUGCUUCAAGGUGGGAUCAAAGCUACUGUUGCGUGUGCUUUAUGGGAUAAUAAUACACCUCAAGAAAAAGAAGAAAGAAAAAUGUUUCUCAAAAUGCUUUCCAUGUGCCAAAAUAAUUUUGUUUGUUUGUUAACCAACAUAGACAGGCAUACACAAAAUAAAGGAUUUUAAAAAUGUGUUAGACUUA